AAAAUUAUAUAAUGGAAUAAAGGAAAAUAGGAAGCUAUACUGGAAACACUGUUUACACUACCACUAAACCAAUACUUAUAAAUACACUGAAAGAGAGAUCUCAAGACUCUCCAAGGUCUGCAGGAUCGGCACGCUGGGAAAUAAUGAGCUUACAUCAAAGGUGGUUAAAAUUUCCCCAUCCUCAAUAUCUGUACUUUUCACUUUGUUAAUAAAUUAUUAUAUAAUCUAAUCUAAUAAUUUGGAGCUGAUAUAAUGAAAGUAUAUUUACAAUUAACUAAAAUAUGGAUGGAGUAACACUAUUUCCACUACAAAAACGAAUUCUACAAACAAGACGAAGGAACAUCUUUGCGAAAGGCAAUGAGACCUAUUGUUUCAACAAUUUGUACACCUAGUUAUAAUAUUUCCAGGUGGUUAACGAAAGAGUUUGAAAGCUUACCCAUCAAACCUGAGAAUUUUACAGUGAAGAAUUCGUUAUAGUGUAUCAACAGAGUUAUUUUAAUCUCCUUCAAUGUAAGUUCAUUAUACCUUGAGGACUUACUGAGAUCUAAUAAUUUGGGAGCUGAUGUAAUAGAAGAAAAUUUACAGUUAACAGAAAUAUGUAUCGAAAAAAACAAUUUCCAGUACAACAAAGAAUUCUUCAUGCUAGACGAAGGAACAGCAAUGGGCAACUGCCUAUCACAGUUUGUGGCUAAACUAUUCAUGAGUCAUUUUGAAAAGCAAAUUAGUCAAGAGUUCCAGUAUUUUUCCAAGAUACAGAACUGGUUAGGAGAAGUUACGUCCAACUCGGACAACCAAAAAUUUAUAAUUAGAAGUGACAAAGAAAUUCAAGCAUCUGAAGUAUAUAAAGUCGAAAUAUAUGUCGUGUAUGAUCCUUAUCAUGAAUCUGAACCUCCGAGAUUAAUCAAAAUCAAGUUAAAUGAUAAGGAAAUAUGUCCAUUAUAUGAAGACGUAAUAAAUACACAAAAUUAUCCAAUUAACGAUUUUUACAGGCCAAUAUUGGAAGUAAACAUUAGUAUACCACAAUGUGGUGUUCCUAUACCUACUCCUGUUGCUUUGAUUACCAAAGGACAACAUACAGUUCCAGGACAAUUCCCUUGGCAUGCUGCAAUUUAUAUAAAAGGAGGUAACAGAGCUGAUUAUAAAUGUGGAGGGACACUUAUUAGUUUACAGCACGUCGUGACAGCAGCUCAUUGUACUGUUUCACAAAAUUUUCAACAUCCUCGCGAUCCGAAUGAGUUUGAAGUAAUUUUAGGUAAAUAUAAUUUAACAUUAGACGAGGAUCAUCAACAAUUAUUUACGGUGAUAAAAGUAAAUGUACACGAGAAAUUCGAUACAACUUUCUUAUUCAAUGAUAUUGCAAUUUUACAAUUGAAUAAACCAACGCAGUAUACCAAAUUUGUAAGACCCAUAUGCUUGUGGAAAGAGGACACAGCUCUAGAAUUUGUAAUCGAUAAAGUCGGAAUAGCAGUAGGAUGGGGUAGAAAUGACCAAGGGCAUUCCACGACAGAGUUAUUGAUGCAGGUUAAUAUGCCAAUUAUUUCCACUGAAGAGUGUAUUAAUUCCUAUCAUGAAAUUUACUCACAAUAUACAAAUGAGAAUAAUUUCUGCGCUGGUUAUGGAAAUGGCUCGUCUGUAUGUAAUGGAGAUUCAGGUGGUGGUCUGAUUUUUCCAAAGAAUGAUACAAAUGGUACAAACACCGUGUGGCAGCUGAAAGGAAUUGUUUCAAAUACUGUAGGCAUACAGAAUAUUUGCGAUUCUACUAAAUAUGUCAUAUUCACAGACGUACCUAAAUUUUUUAGCUGGAUAACUAACAUCACCAGAACUACAUAAUAAUUUAUUCAUCAAAAUUCCAUAAUUAACUCGUUUUGUUACAAAAUUUAAAAAAACAUAAAUAUUCCAUUUCAAAAACAAAAA